CUUUUUGAAGUAAUAGAAAAUUUAAGUAAACAACCUGUAAAAUUUUAUCAUAUUAAUAAUACUAGUUGUGAAUGUAUUCUUAGAGAUCUUGAUGCUGGACAAGCAAAAGAAUUAGGUUUAGCUUUAGCAAAAAGAGAUUAUAGUAAAGAUUGA